AUGAGUCCUAUAUCAUUUGAUUCAGCUGGGAAUAUUUGCCUAAUGUCUACUUCUGAUCUUACUGCUAUAUCAAAUACACCGUCGUCUUGUCUUAUUAGUCAAUUUAUUCUAUCUUCUCCAAAUUUUUAUACUCCUAAACAAUUUAACAAAACCCUUCCACGUGAAAUAGUUACUAUUAAUGGACAAGAAACAAUAGUUUGCUUAUCAUGUGCAGAAAAAGAAUAUUCCAAUGGAACAAUUCCUCAUUUAUCAUUAAUUCAUUCAAAUAUAAAAUAUAACAAAGUUUUAGCAUUACUUAAUCGAACAUUUCGCGCAUUAUAUGAAUUAAAUGAUUUCACUAAUGAAUCUAAAGAUCAUAUCGAACAAAAAAAGGAAGCUAUCAGAGAAGGUGUAUCAACAUGUUUAAAUUUAUUACGUCCAUCUAUUCGUGAAAAUCAACAAACAACAUCAAUAAUUGAUAUGAAAAAAAAGAUAAUAAUUAAGAAAAAAAAUCUUAAUAUACUUCAUGAUGAUAGUGAUAAUGAUGAUGCUGCUGAUGAAAAUAAUAAAGAAAAUCAAUCAAAUAUUCCUGAAUUAGAUAAUAAUCAAAUACGACGUAAAACUAUUCGUGGUUCAAAUUCAUCAAAACGAUCAAUUAGUUUAAAGCAACAAGAAAAUGAAUCACCUUCAAAACGAACAAAAAAAACUGACGAUAUUGAUGAACCAUUACCGAUAAUUAGUCCAUCUAUUGUUAAAAAAAUUACUCGCACUCAAACAAAAAUAGAUGCUCAUAAUGAAGAAAAAAAAACAAAAUCAAUACGUUUAACACGAGAAGUUCAUCAAAUAAAACAUGAUUCAAAAUCGAUUGAAACAACUAAAUUAAUAAAACAACGAGAGAUAAUAAAUACUGAAGAAAAAACAAAUACUAAGGAAAAAUCUAUUAUUAAUCCGACAAAAUCAAUAUUAUCAAAUAAAUCGUCGAUUGAUAUACGUAAUGAUAAAGGUGAAUCAUUAAUACAUCAAGCUGUAAAAAAAGCUGAUAUCAUACGUGUUAAACAAUUAAUUGAAGAAGGACAUCCAGUAAAUACAAUUGAUAAUAAUUCAUGGACACCAUUGCAUGAGGCCAGUUCUAUGGGCGAUAUUCCAUUGAUGGAAUUAUUACUUGCUAAUAAUGCUAAUAUUAAUGUACAAGGUGGUGAAGAGCAAAUGACUGUUUUACAUGAAGCUCUGUUAAAUGAAAAUACGAACGAAUGUGUAAUUAAAUUUUUACUUGAAAAUGGAGCUGAUCCACAUAUAAAAAAUAAAAAUGGUAAAACUGCAAUUGAUCUUGUUACUGAAUUAAAUAAUCCAAAUAUUUCAUUACUUUUCGAAAAAAAUCAAUGUACAAAUCUUACUCAUAAUGAUCUACCAAUAGCUCCACCUCCAAGACGACGUAUACGAACAAUAUCAUCAUCAAAUAUUCUUUUUUUAACUGGUUUUGACAAAACACGUAAAGAAUCAUUAAUAAAAUCUAUUCAAACAAUAUUUGGUCGUAAAUGUGUAACAACAACUAAAAAUGUUGAAAAUAAUGUUACUCAUGUGAUAGCAUGUGGUGAAAGUGAUAAAAUAGCUUUUCGUACAAUAAAUUAUUUACGUGGUAUUAUUCUUGGCAAAUGGAUUGUUUCAGAAAAAUGGAUUGAAGAAUGUAUAAAACAAAAACAAUGGAUAAAUGAAAAUGAUUAUGAAAUUCUUGGUUCGCAACUUGAACCUAAUUCAAAUGGAUCACAUAUUAGUCGAAUAAAACAUGAACAAAAUGAAUCUCUUCUUUUUAAUAAAUGUCAAUUUUAUCUUUAUGGUCAAUUUCAUACAUAUAAAAAAGAAGAUAUAACUGAUUUAAUAAAAAUAACUGGUGCUAUUUUACUUAAACGUGAACCAAAAUUACAUCGAAUUAAUAGUGAUACUGAUUCAAAUAAUACAAAUCAAACAAUAAUGACAUAUAUUAUAUAUGAAUCAUCUACACCCGAUAUACUUCUUGAUAAUAAUCUUAUAAAACAUAUAAAAUUACUUGAUUUUCUUGCUUGUAUAGAUUAUUAUAAUAUUCAUGAACGAUUAGAUAAUUAA